UUCAAAAGAAAGAAAGAAAAAGGAAAAAGUUAGAAAGAAGACAGGGAGAGCGAGGAAGAAGAAGAAGCUUCUGCAACUUCCUAGACUAAAGUCGUCAAACGGGUAUUCUUUGCUUUCAAUUCAAAUUUUAAACACAAAGAUUUACAAUAAUAAUGCCCCCGCAAUUCUCUGCGCUAAUUCCCCCUCCCCCGCUUUGAAUUUUUCAAAUCCCACAUUCUUUCUCUCUUCCUUUUUCCAAAAACAAUCUAUCCAAUCCAUUUCUUUCUUUUUGCUCCCUCUUUCGAGCAUUUCGGAUCACCACAUAGCUCUCUCUCUCUCUCUCUCUCUCUCUUUUGGUUUGAACUUCAAACCUCAUAGUUUAAUUCAACGCCCAUUUCCUGUUUUCCCCUCUGUUGACGGUUUUUCUCGUUCUGCUUCUUCUUCAUUUCGCUUCUUUUCCUCUUUUCCCUUUCUGGGUUUUGUUCGUAUCUACACCACAAAGAAGAAACCCACCCCUGUUUUCGUCCCCUUCUUUCAAUUUCUUUACUGGGUUUUCUCAUAUGGGAUUGAAUCAGUAAUUAGUGCUCUCUAUAUGAUCUAGCUCGUGGGGUUUUCUUCUUUCUGGAUUUUCUUUUGUUUCUUUGUCUUGGUGUAACCCUUUUAAUGUCUUUGGCUGUUGGGGCUGCCUCAAAUUCCAAGAACAUGGGGUUUGAUGAGAAUCGUGAGGAGGGAGGUGCAUUGGAUAACCAUGGGAAUGAGAAUGAAGCUACUGAGAAGAUUUCAAGGCAAAUGAGUGAAACUUCUCUCUCUGCAACUGAGGAUGAGACUGAUGAUGAAGGAAGUAAUAUUGAGUUGGGGCCUCAACGCACAUUGAAAGAAGAGCUUGAAAAAGAUAAGGAUGAUGAGAGUCUUAGGAGGUGGAAGGAGCAGCUUCUUGGAGCUGUGGAUUUAGAAAAUGCUGGAGAAACUCUUGAGCCAGAGGUGAAGAUUCUAAGUCUUUCAAUAGUGUCUCCAGAGAGACCAGAUUUAGUUCUUCCCAUUCCCGAGGACGGGAAUCCAAAAGGAUUGUGGUUUACCCUAAAAGAAGGCAGCCGUUACAGCCUGAAAUUCUCCUUCCAAGUGACUAACAACAUUGUUGCUGGCCUCAAGUACACCAACACUGUUUGGAAAACUGGUGUCAAAGUUGAUAGCGCCAAAGAGAUGCUUGGAACUUUCAGUCCCCAGCUAGAGACCUACACUCAUGUAAUGCCAGAGGAUACCACACCCUCCGGCAUGUUCGCCCGUGGAUCGUAUUCAGCAAGAUCUAAGUUUCUUGAUGAUGAUAACAAGUGUUACUUGGAAAUUAACUACACAUUUGACAUCAGAAAGGACUGGGCAGCAACAUAAAGGCAAUGAUUUGUGGGCAUUAGGAGCAGUGCUGCGUUCUUGGCUUAAGCAAUCAAAUCCCCAUCAUCCAGCUGAUUAGCUGAUGUUCUGAAAACUGCCAAUUUUAGUAAAUUAAUGUCUUUUAAUUACAUGUAAUUAUAAUUAAGGCCAACAAAUAUUAUGUUAAUUACUAGGUUUACGCUGCAUCCAAACUCUUGCAAGUUUUCAAUGUAUUGGGAUGUUGGAGAAGGAGAUGAAUGAACGGGGAAAAAAAGGAAUAUAUUGAGAUAUCUUGUUUGAUGGCCCCUCUAAUAAAAGGUGUGUUUGGCCUUCCACCUUUUUUUUA